AUGAAGGAUAUCUGUAAAAUCGAAGAGUUUACCAUACCUAAAAAUGUAAAAGUAAAAGUUAAAUCCCGUAUUGUCACAGUUGAAGGGGAACGUGGAAGUUUGACAAAGAAUCUUCGUCACAUCGAUUUAGAGAUACAAGUCAAGAACGAUAAGAUCAAACUUAUUGUGUGGCAUGGGACUCGCAAACAUGUAGCUUGUUUACGUACGGUGAAAGCACAUAUCGAAAAUAUGAUCACUGGUGUUACUAAGGGCUUCGAAUACAAGAUGCGCUAUGUUUAUGCACAUUUUCCUAUCAACGUUCAUAUUAGUGACGAUAAAAAAGAAGUUGAAAUUCGUAACUUUUUAGGUGAAAAGGUUAUUAGACGUGUAAAGAUGUUGGAGGGUGUUGACAUUGAAAUUUCUAAGAAUCUAAAGGAUGAAUUAAUUUUGACUGGAAAUGAUUUGGAAAAUGUUUCUCAAUCAGCCGCCAACAUUCAACAGUCUACAACCGUUAAGAAUAAAGAUAUUCGAAAGUUUUUAGAUGGUGUUUAUGUUAGUGAACGUGGUAGAGUGGUUAAAGAUGUUUAA